AGGUCGAGUCCCAAUUACUAGCAGCGCGGCUUUGAGUUCCAAGCUUAAUCCAUCAUGCUCCUGUUUUUACCCGCGUUCUUGUGCAUUUUUACACGAGUCGGAUGUCUGCCCUUGUUGGAUGUGAAGGGAAGCAGUUGUCUGGAGGAUGCAAGUAUGAGGACGGAUGGACAGUGGCCCCCGCCAGGUUGUGACGGACAGGUGACCGAUGACAUUUUGACUGCCGAAGAGCGGCAUCAGGGUCUGCUGAGAGAGCUACAGGACCUGGUUGAGCACGAACUUGAAAGAGAUACCGAAUACACUCAGGAGAAGGAAGAGUACAACCUGAACGACAUGGAUGACCCGGAAGACAGGAAACGGGCUAGAUGGACGGAUGAAGAACAGAUGGCAGACAGGAAACAGGGGGAUGAUGAAGAAGAAGAGGAGGAGGAGAGCACACGAGAGCUGGAGGAACUGCUGGCUGAAGAGAUCCGGAAGAAAGAAGAGGCCAGAAAUGACCACUCGGAGCUGGAGGAGCUGAGAACGAAGGAGGAAAAAUCAGAGACCAACGGGGAAGAAGAGGAGAAGGAGCGGAGGAAGAAUGAGGUGGAGCUGACAGCAGAGAAAGAGAAAGUGGAACAUGAGCUCCAGGUGCUGACGAACGACGAGACGAAAACGAGAGAGAGGCAAGAGAAGGAGGAGGAGCUGCAGGAGCUGCUGCAGAAGAUGGAGAUGGCGAAGGAAGAGCAGGAAGAGCCGACGGAGGGGGAGAGGGGAAAGGAGGACGACACAACCCCCGAGACGAAAGAGCCACAGCAGAAGAGGGAGAUGGAGAAAGCGAGUGACGAGCGGACGCGGCAGUUCGAGAAGGAGCGAUACAACGAUGACGAGGAGGAAGAUGAAGAUGAGGAGGAGGAGGAAGAGCAAGACGAAUCAGAGGAGCUGCUGGAGAUUGAAGUCCAGUUGAGGAGAGUGGCUGCUGAGCUGAGGAAACUGCACCGGGGCUAAGCACGUUUCUCACACACACACACACACACACACACACACACACAAGCCAUAACAGUUGCUCUUUAGAACACACACAAAGACAUGACAAUACACAAUUUCUCUCUGUAAUAGUUCUAGUGUUAACUCUUAGUGCUCUGUGUGUGUGUGUGUGUGUGUACACACAUCAUUUUAUGUUUAUAAUUCUAUCAACAACACAUUCACAAUAAUUAUGAAUCAAUCUAGUCAUUAGUGUACCAAUUAACACAAACCAAGAUGAAUCAAAUUGAGUCAAAUGAAUCAAUGAAUCAAAAUAAGUAGAUGAGCCAAGAUAUGCUCAGUGUCUGACUAAGCAAAGCUCGUGUAGCAAGGCUAAUGUAGCUAACAAGUAGUGGAAUCUUAUAGCCGCCAGUUUAGCAUGGUGUACUGAAUGGAUGAAUGAACGAACGAAUCAGCAUUGUGGAGUUGUUCAAUGAAUCAAACAGGCUUUCUGACUCCCUGCUCUGUAUAGAAACAUGGACCAAAGGAUACCGCAGAGCUAAAACCCGUCUCCUUCAGCAGAUCGUUUGGUGUCGCACUAACACUAAUGUCAGAAGAGGAGGCGUAGCCUGAAGUGAUUGACUCGGUGAUUCAUUGAUUCAGAUGCUAACAUUUGCAAAUUUUAGUUGCUCGAGUACAUUUCUGCAGUAAGAGAAAAACCGUGUAUAUUUUCUGUUAGUCUAGUUAUCAGUAACCGAUAGGACUUGAGUCGUGUGUACAAUGUGAUGAGGUUUGUGAUUUGAACUCUAACAUGCGUAGUGUUUCUAUAUAGUGUUUGUGUGUGUAUUUGGCUCUUGCACUGUUAGAAUACGUUCAGACUGUUAAACAAGAGCUGUGUGUGAGGCUUUUUACAGGGAACAUGACUGUGUGUGUGUUCAUAGAUCCUAAUGCUGACCUUGCACAGCAGAGUGGCAUAUAUUUUUUUGAAUUACUUUAAUUGUAAUAUGCCUGCUUAUUAUGGUAUUUACGGUUGCCAUUAUAUUCCAGUAUUUACGGUCAGCUAUUGGGAGCAUAACACUAAAAAUCCCAUAGUGGCAUUAUCAGAAUCUAAGCAUUGUUAUAGCAUUAAUCCUCAAACAAAGCUAUAUAUAAAAUGCAGCAAACUGACGUGUGUGUGUGUGUGUGUGUGUGUGUGUUUUGCUCCAACAUGUUCCCUAAUAAAAGCGUCACUGCAGUUCUCUCCGUAUUAAACAAGCCAAGGAGGAAACAGCUUCUAAGGCAUUAUAGGUCGCACACACAAUCAAACGCACAUCACACACUCUUGGUAAUGGUGUGAGCUUUAUCUCAGUGUUAAGAUCCAUCUAUCAUCCUCUGAUGAACCUUUUGAUGUUUUUUUUUUUUGUAUAGUGGUGUCAGUCAGGGUAUGAAAAUGUAUUUAAAUAUUUUAAAAGCAAUGCACUUUUCCCCUUAUGGUUGCUAAUACGGUUAAUGUCUUAGCCUGCAAUAAGUGAUGUUUAAAAUGAACAUGUUUAAAUUAUGUGUGUGUAUGUAAUGUUGAAGCCACAGACACUUUACAAUGCUUUAAAUGAGUAUUAAUAAGUAAUAUAAAAGUAUCAUAUUUAAUAUAUAAUGCUAAUAUACACAGUAUAUAUUGCACAUGUAAAGAAAUCCAACGUAGAGCUGAAUGUGUUAUUUGUAUUUUAUUGAAUAGAACAGUAAUUUAAAAAAUGGGCUUGAUUGAUGAUAUUCUGUUAGUCUUCUAAUUAACAAUAACUUAUGUGAAGGAAAAAAAAAAGAAAACUGUGACGUCAGAAUCGGCCAUGUCCUGAUUCUCAGCUUCUGAACUUGUGCACUUUGAAUCUUUGACGAGUUUGUGAUUUUGCAAAUAAUGGCUAAUCAUAGCACUUGUGUUGCGUUUUUUUUUUAUUCAAGGUUUUGCAUCAACAUUCAGAUUUGAAGAAAGGCAAUAAAUAAAUAAUUUUGAGGGUGGCCAUUGUGAGAAGAUGGAUUUGGUGUACAAUAUGACUAUACUCUCAAAUAAAUAAAUAAAACCCACAGUGA